GUUGAUAGCUGUCUCUUCCCCUCAUUUUCCAUCAUCAUUAUCCAUUUCUAUCUUCUCUCCAGUUUUAAUUGUACAUUUUUGAGUUCAGAUACAUUCUUCAUAAUGGCUGCCGCUAUCCCCCCUGGUGGUACUUGGUUCGAUACUCUCAAGAGGUCUUUCGCCGAUGUCCCUGUUAAUGACAAUGGCAUUUCGACCACUGAGUUCCUCGAGGCCGCUGAGUCCUUGGUGACCCUGUUCGAUCUCCUUGGUAGCAAGUGCUUUGCCCCCGUCAAGAACGACCUCCUCGGAAAUAUUAAGAAAGUUAGAGACAGGCAGCUGGCUGCCCCUGCUGAGUCUGAGACUCUCCAGGCACUUGUCGUGAACGAAUUGAAGACUGGAAAGCACGUCGCCACUGAGGGAUUGUUGUGGCUUGUCCGUGGCCUUGAUUUCACCGUUCAAGCCCUCCGUCACAACCUCGAUAAGGAGACCGAACUGUCGGUUUCCUUCCGCGAAGCCUACGGCAACACUCUCAAGCCCCACCACUCGUUCGUUGUCAAGCCCAUCUUCUCUGCCGCGAUGUCGGCAACACCCUACAGAAAGGAUUUCUACGAGAAGCUCGGUAGCGACUCCGACAAGGUCAAUGCUGCUUUGAAGCGGGAGGUUGAGGCUUUGGAGAACAUCGUCGCGACUUUGAACGCGUUCAUGAGUAGCAAGGAGGCGAAGUGGUAAUCAUCAUGCUGCAGGAGUACAGCAUAGAAGCUUUAGGCUUCUGCCACCGAACCGCUUUCACUGUAUGUGCUACCAAGCGUUUAGGAUUGUCAGUGUGUACAUAUAUAGCAUCUGCGAGAUGAUAAGCUGUGAACAAGCUUAAUAGGAUAUAGCAGGCCAGGCAGCCAUUUGCUUUG